GCUUGCCUUUCUGUCACCUCAGGCAAAGGAAGGAUAUGGAAAAGCCCCAGAGGAUAUUUGUGGCAGGAGUGGUCACUGGCUAAAUCCAGGCAGGGAAGCGGAGCGGAGUCCCGCCCCUCCUGCAGUAAGCGCCUCAACUCGGCUGCUGGAGUUCUAAGAGCACAGAGUAGCUGCACGCCCCGAACUUUCCCCAUGGUUUCGGUGACCAGAACAAUGUUUGGAGAGCUGCCCUCCGGAGGAGGGACAGUGGAGAAGUUCCAGCUACAAUCAGACCUGUUGAAAGUGGACAUCAUUUCCUGGGGCUGCACCAUCACCGCUCUGGAGGUCAAAGACAGGCAGGGGAAAGCCUCCGACGUGGUUCUUGGCUUUGGCGAGUUGGAAGGGUACCUCCAAAAGCAGCCCUACUUUGGAGCAGUGGUUGGAAGGGUGGCCAACCGAAUUGCCAAAGGAACAUUCACAUUGGAUGGGAAGGAGUAUCACCUGGCCGUUAACAAUGGGCCCAACAGUCUGCAUGGAGGACUCAAAGGGUUUGACAAGGUGAGUCCAGGGCAUGUGGCAGAGUCCUUUCUUGGUCCACUUCCCAGAGUACCCACAAGCAUGUCUCCUGUUGCCAAGCAGAAUCCUAGGCCCUGGGACAUGUGCAUGGUAAAGCAAUCCAGGAAAAAGGCUGUUCCCAGGGUUUGGGGGAGCAGAUGCUAAUGGCCACAUCCAGGA